CUCCCCAUCGCUGCGGGUUGGGCUGUGUUGGGUUACAGGGGUGUGGCGCCACCAUCAACGAUCAUUUCCUAAUUCAUCCCCAUCGCUGAAGGAGGUAGCGCAGCCAUGGCGCAGGGUCUCAAGGAGAGAUUUGACAAGUUCCUUCACGAGAAGAACCUCAUGACAGAUGCUCUGGGCAAAGUCGAAGCCAGAACCGGAGUAAACAGGACGUACAUCGCUGCCGGAGUCAUAGCUGUGAUCGCAGUUUACCUCGUCAUCGGUUACGGGGCCUCCCUGCUGUGUAACCUCAUCGGCUUCCUUUACCCAGCCUACAUAUCGAUUAAGGCGAUUGAAAGUGCGACCAAAGACGACGAUACAAAGUGGCUGACCUACUGGGUGGUGUACGGACUCUUCAGUGUGGCGGAGUUCUUUGCCGACAUCUUCCUCUCCUGGUUCCCUUUCUACUAUAUCGGAAAGUGUGCCUUCCUGGUGUGGUGCAUGGCUCCUACCCCCUCUAAUGGCUCCAUCCUGAUCUACCAACGCAUCAUUCGGCCGCUCUUCCUCAAGCACGAGGUCAAGAUCGACGACGCGGUGAAAAACAUUAAGGACAGGGCGUCAGAGGCAGCCGACAAAUUCAAAGAUGAGGCUAAGAAAGCAACAGCAAAUCUGAUGUUCGAGGAGAAGAAAAGCUCCUAAGAGUGAUGCCUUCCGUCGCACGCCGUCUGCUCUGGACCGCACCGUGAUGCAGAAACAAAACGGGCUUUGAGUGUUGUUUUUAGGCCGUCCCAACUAGACUGUUAGCUUGAGUGUCAUGCUGGAUGUGUUUCAUUUAAUCAUGUCUCCUGCAUCAUCCGUUUGCCUGUAUGAUGUUCUCAUUAGUGUAUGCUUCAUGAACCAAAUAAAACGGAUAAAUGGA